AUGAAUGCAACGGAUCCUUCCGGUGAACGACCAUUCGAAGCAAUGUUGCCUCUGAGGAACAACAGUACUCAAUUCGAUGAAUCCAGUGAGAUAAAUCCUGAAGCAGUGUCUUACAUUGUGAACGGGUAUCUUACGGCUAUCUGUAUCAUAACCGGAAUUCCACUGAAUACUUUCAGCGUCAAAGUUUUCGUUCAUCAGCAGGGCAGAUCCAUACCGGCUAUGCAUUAUUAUUUGGUAAUAUCAAUAAUAUAUUUGACCAUUUGGCAAACGUUAUUGCUUUGCAAUGCCUUUGUAAUGUACUGUUUACCGACGUUACUGUACGGAUGCGUUAUAUCUGAAGGAUUAUAUGUGUAUAUCUAUCCAUUUGUUUAUACGUUAGCUAAUGCAACACAUACUGCCGCGAUUUGGGUUAUUCUUGCGCUAACGAUUGAUCGUUAUUUGGCACUUUGUAAACCGCUCACUCAUAUGGUCAAUGUUCAGAAAAGUAAAGUGAAACGAAUUAUGACAGCCAUCUCAAUUGGUGCCAUUCUCUUCUCAGCGCCUCGUUUCUUUGAAGUUCGCAUCACUACAGUUUGUGAUGACGACGCCUCAUCUCAAAUCAUCAAUGAAACACUGACCAAUUCAAGCAACUGUGAACCGGGUGUUUUAAGGACUGAAAUCGCGCAGAACGUUAUUUAUUGGGGUGUGUACCACAUUGGAAUGGCUAUAGUAGCCGAUCGCAAAUCGAAUAUUAUGCUGGCCGUUUUGAUGGCAAAAUUUUUGGUCGCUGAUCUUCUACCGACCGUGAUCGAUGUUCUUGAGCAGGUUUCAGGAUUUGUUCAAUAUUUCAUGCAUUCUUUGCGUCAAUCUCCACGAAAUAGUCCUCAUAUUCACUUGAAUUUCAUUAUGUUAUUGACUUCAUAUUCAGUAUGUUCUUCAAAUAAGCUUAAAAUGACUAUUUUCUUUUGCAUCCUGAAUAUAUGA